GUUCCGUCACCUCGCUGCAGCCUUGUCGCCUUUCCAACCGGUGGGUCACGUGCCCGUAACAGUUUAGUGGUAGUUUUAAAUGGAAAAUGUUGGUUGCGUUGGAAAUAUAAAAAAUGUGCAACGUCUCUAAAGUUGUUGUGUUAUAUAACAAAAUGGCCGAACAGGUUUGUUGUUGUGUCAAGUGUGAUUGAAGAGUAGCAGACACCGAGACAGUGUAAGAUUUCUUCCAACCGGUUGGACAAGAACUUUUCGGGCAGGUCAUUUGGAGGAGAUCCGACACUGGCGUGAUUGUGAAAGACUGGAGAUAUCAUUGGCACAGCGCUAUAAGGAGGAAAGCCGUGUUUGAACUGCCUCGACGUCUCUCCCCAACAUACGCGACCAUGGACAUAGGAACUGCGAUUCUAAUUAUUGGUUUUGCUGCUCUAGUUGCAGCCUUUUGCUUGUUGGUAAUCGGAUUGGUGUUUUCUGAGGUAAUGAAUGCUGAAAUUCCUCCAGGACUUGCCAAUCGUGGAAAACUGCAGGUUAUGCACUGCAGUAUGGUCGGGAUAGCAGUCAUGGGUCGUAUCCUGGAGCGCCUGGGUUUGUGUCAUCAGUUGCAUUUUACCCGAUGGUUGACAGGUUGUAUGCUUGGCCGUAAACGUCCCUCCCCUGCUGGUCUCCGCAUUAAAGACUCAACCUUUGCUGGAGUGCCAGUGAGGAUCUACGAACCCACAGCUGUUUCCGAGCACAAAAGACGAGGACUCGUGUAUUUUCAUGGAGGAGGAUGGGUCCUCGGCAGCAUCGACAUGUACGAUGGAGUAUGUCGACACAUUGCAAGAAACAGUGACACCGUGGUCGUGUCUGUUGGUUACAGACUCGCUCCCGAGCACCGUUUUCCUGCCGCACUAGAUGACUGCGAGCUCGCUACACGUCAUUUCCUGUCUGUGGCGGCUGAUUUCAAUGUGGACCCGCUUCGUGUGGCACUGGGAGGAGACAGUGCAGGUGGUAAUCUAGCAGCCGCUCUUAGCCAGAGGCUGGCCACAUGCCCGGAUGGGCAUCUGCCGUCACCCUGUGGCCUUGUCCUCAUCUACCCGGCUCUGCAGAUGGCCGACUUCAACCUGCCCUCUUAUCAGCAGAACCACGCUGUGCCUGUAUUGUUCCGUGCUCGUAUGCUUUUCUACUAUCUCCAGUACCUAAAUGGUGACAUGUCUGUGUGCCAGGAUGUGCUGGAGGGCAGACAUGUUCCCGCCGAGCUAAAGCUGCAUUACAGCAAGUGGCUCGACCCCUCAAACCUCCCACCAGAAUUCCGAGGUGGCACCCAAAAGCAGGUGGUGACAGCCCAUGACGGUGAAGUGUAUCACAUAGUUAAAGGUGGUCUCGAACCGGGAAUUUCUCCUUUACUGGCCGAGGAUAAAGUUCUCCGCCUCACGCCGCCCACUUUUAUCUUGACCUGCCAGUACGAUGUGCUGAGGGAUGAUGGGAUUCUGUACAGGAAGAGGCUGCAGGACCUGGGAAUCAAGGUCACAUGGUAUAAUGUCCCUGAUGGCUUCCAUGGCAUUUUGAGCUUCUUCAGAAAGGGCUGGAUGAGCAUUCCUGCUGGAGUGAAGGCCAUGGAGCAGAUUGUCAGUUACAUAAAGACACUCUGAGGCCUGGAGGUUCUACUCCAGUGUUUUCUGUUCUCCAGCCUAUACCCUAAAUUUAUAUUGUGUGUAAUUAACACCCUUUCUCAUCCAAAUUCACAUAUCAACAUGUGAUUUUUUAUGUUUAUUUUUCUUGUAUUUUGUUUAUUUUGUUGUAUUUAUCUUUAUUUUUCAGGCAAAAAUCGUAGCCUGUUUGUUCAGAAACCCUAGUGGUGAAACAUCUACCAUCUGAUUAUUCUGCAAAAAUAUCAGCGCUAUGUUCUUUAUAUGAAAGCUGUCAACCAAAGCGGCAUGUCCUCAGUAAUAAACUGUGUAUUUACAUUUAAAACAUGA